AUGUUUUUCUUGUUCUCUCUCUCCCCCUCCUCUCCCUCCCUAUCCCUCCUCUCUCCCUCUCCCUAUCUCCCCUCCUCCCUCUCCCCCCUUUCCCUCCUCUCCCUCCUCCCCCCUCCCUCUCCCUAUCUCCCCCCCUCCCUCUCCCUAUCCCUCCCCUCCUCUCUCCCUAUCUCCCUCCCCCCCUCUCCCUAUCUCUCCCCCCUCCCCCUCUCCCCUAUCUCCCCCUCCUCCCCUCUCCCUAUCUCCCCCUCCCCUCCCUCCCUAUCUCCCCCCUAUUUCCCCUCCCUCCCCCCUAUCUCUCCCCCUCCCCCCCUCUCCCUAUCCCCUAUCUCCCCCCCUAUCUCCCUCCCUCUCUCCCUAUCCUCCCCUCCUCUCCCUAUCUCCCCUCCUAUCCUCCUCUCCCUAUCUCCCCUCCUCUCUCCCUAUCUCCCCCUCCUAUUUCUCUCCCUAUCUCCCCCCCCUCCCUAUCUCCCCCUCCUCCCCUCCUCCUCAUCUCCCCUCUCCCCUAUCUCCCCCCCCCAUUUCCCCCUCCCUCCCUAUCUCCCCCCUCUAUCCCCUGAUCUAUCCUAUCUUAUCUACUGGGAUAAUUACUCUUCUCAGUCCCUUUUCAUUUCUAAUCUACACCUGGCUGUACCUGUCUCUCAUUAUUUAUUUUUUUGUUUACUAUAUCUAUUGACUUUCUUUUUUUCAAAAAAUUAUUAUCUCCCCUCCCAUUUCUGCUGA